UUUCCUGGCACCAGAAGGCUUAGCAGCAGAGGGAGGGAGCUAGAGAAACUGUAACAGAGAGAAAGAUCAAUUCACCGUUGGAGAGGUACCCCCAUCUCCUCCUGUUUUCCUUCACUGAGUGUUUUAGUCUCGUUCCUAACAGAUCUUGACUGAUAAGAGGGACUGCUCAGUGGCUGUGAGGGACGGAGCAAACCGCCCUUGCUUCACUCUUGUGAAAGGGUGGGAGGGAGACUUAAGCAGGAGAAGGGAUUCCCCAGUCUGAGUGUGCAAGCUUGGGCCCUUCCCUAAAGGAACUUUAAACCCUUACUGAACUAACAAAGAGUGAGAGAAACUGACUGUCCAUCAUUACUGGAGCUAUUGCAAAAACGGAGGCGGGCUUUUUGAGGAUCAACUUCUUGAACUUGCGGAUGAAGAAAGCCAAGUCAGAGCAUUCAUUACUACUUGAACAAGCACAAAAUCCUUAAGUCGCUAGGCGUGGAAUAGUUGUCUGAAAGAGUCUUUUUGAAAUGCAGACUUCUUAAUUGGAUCAGUUAGUGAUUCCUGGUUCACUGCUGCACUGCUCAUUUGGAUCCUUGAAUAUUUGCAGGAAAGGACACUCCUGAUGGUGGCCGGCAAUGGAGACAAACAGCACAGAAGAGGUAAUUCAGUUUCAUGGUUACCCCUUUGAUAUCCUUGAAUUCCUGCAUCACCAACGGUACGGACCUAUUGAGCCUUUUGCACAUGAUUUGACCCCUGCUGUAUCUACUCCAAGACCUGAGGAGAUAAAGGGUGAAAGUUCAUCACAUUUAGAACUUUUCAGAGGAGUGGGCUUGGCCAAUACAAAGCAGGUUGGAAGUUUACACUUUGCCAGCUAUCAGCAGUAUAAACCAGUUGAUCCUGCAGCACAACCCCAGUUUGAGAGGGUGGACACACCAGGACAGCAGCAGUUUAAAACAAGUCAUACUUUUAAUCAACUGCAGUUUGACAGAACUCUUCUGCCUAAUCAGCAGCCAUUCAAGCCCACUCUUCUACCCACUCAACAAACAUUCAAGGGAACACUGUUACCGAAUCAGCAGCCAUUUAAGGCAACAUUGCUGCCUAGUCAACAGCCAUUCAAAGGGACGCUUUUACCAAAUCAGCAAGCAUUCAAGGGGGCACUCCUUCCUAACCAGCAGGCGUUCAAGGGGACUGUCUUGCAGAAUCAGCAGGCAUUUAAGGGUGUACUCUUGCCCACCCACCAGCCUCCACCACCUGAGCGACCAAAUCCAUUCACUCAGUCCCAGCAGCCAGAUCAGCAGUCCCAGCAGACACAGCCACAGGCAGCACAAGCAUCACAGUCUGCACAGCAGUUGGAACAACCUGCUGCCUCCUCUCACCAGCAGUGUGGUACCAUGGAUUUAUCUACUCAUGCACAACAGCAGCCACAACCACCGCAACAGCGACAGCCCCAACCACAAUCUCAACCACAGCCACAACCGCAGCUACAACCAACACCACAGCCGCAGCCAUCACAAACACCGCAGCUGCAGCAGCACUCUUUUGAGAGUGCUGGUAUGAGUGCAGAAGAGCAGAAGGCACAGAAGAAGAAAAAGAAAGAAGAAAAAAACUACUUUAGACGCCUUAAGUACUUCAUUGAUAGGCGCUUUCCUUGUGGUGUCUGCCAGAAAUCCUUCAAGCAGUCUUCUCACCUGGUGCAGCAUAUGCUGGUGCACUCCGGGGAGAGGCCGUAUGAGUGCAGUGCUUGUGGACGAACCUACAAUCACAUAUCAAGCCUAAUUAGACACAGGCGCUGCCAUGAUACUGAGCCAACCACUUCAGGUACAGCAGAACAUUCCAGUCAGCAGGAUGGCCAUAGCCCAUGCUCAGGACGGCCAGAGAACUCUAAUACCUGCCCACCAAGAUCAGAGAAUCCCAAUACAUGUCCAAGCCGAACAGAAGUGUCCGGCACCUGUCAACAUUUGCCUGAUGGCCCUGGUAGUAACUGCCGAGGCACACCUGAUGGAACUAGCACAUGCUCAAGCAUCCCAGAUGGUCCUAGCACCUGCACAAGUAUUUCUGAAGGGUCUGGUAUCUGUCCAGGACAGCAUGAUGGACCACACCAGUGUACCUACUGCAGAAAAUACUUCAAGAAGCCCAGUCACCUGCAGCAACAUUGGGUAAUCCACACUGGCGAAAGACCUUAUGUCUGUUCUGUAUGUGACAAGAGCUUCAACCGUCGUGAGAGUCUUCGUCGUCAUGAGCGAACUCAUAGUGAGUCAAAGGGCUUCCGUUGUGCCAUCUGUGGGAAGGAUUUCAGGGAGGCAUCAUACCUUCUGAAGCACCAGGCAACCCACACUGGUGAGCGACCAAUGUACAAGUGUGAGGUAUGUGACAAGGCUUACACUGCCCCACAGAGUUUGCUACGCCACAAGCAAAUCCAUGGUAUUACUUUAGAAACUCCCAAAGAACAACAUCCACCCCAGCUUUUGCGGUUAGAUAGUGAAGGGAACUAUUUCAAAGCUGCCGCUACCACUACUGCUGCUGCUGCUGCUACUGCUACUGCUACCGCUACCACUACCACUACCGCUACUGCUGCUACUGCUGCUGCUGCUUUGCAGGAGUCUACCUACAGCAGUACAACACUUAUUAGUGGUCAUCAGCUUCUCUACAGUGGCAUCAAGGCUUUUCACUGUGGCAUCUGUGGUCGAGGAUUUGGCCGAAGAGAGACCCUAAAACGUCAUGAGCGCAUCCACACUGGAGAGAAACCACAUCAGUGCAAAGUGUGUGGCAAGAGAUUCAGAGAGUCUUUUCACCUCACUAAACACCAUGUGGUCCACACAAAAGAAAGGCCAUACAAAUGUGAUGUCUGUGGCAAGGAUUUUGGGUACCCACAGAGCCUGACUCGCCAUCGAAGGAUUCACCGACUGGAUCUACCUAUAACUCGCCCACUUCCUGAUGCACUGGUUUUCCAAGAUAGCUUACGUUAUGAGAGGGUACCCUUCCAGUGCUCAGAUUGUGGCAAAAACUUUAAUGAUUCAUUCCACCUUAUGCAGCAUAAAGAGGCCCACAUGCAGGAGAAGCCAUAUUCCUGUGAUAUCUGUAACAAGGACUUUGGGUUUAUUGAGAAUCUGAUGUGGCAUAAGUUAGUCCACCAGAAUGGCUCAGACUGUCUUCUUCCAAAAGAAACCUGGGAUGAUUCACCGACAUAUCAACAGAGUGAAAAUGUACGAGCAACAGAAGGCCCUGGGACUAGUCGCAUUGGUGUGGUGUGCAAACAGGAAUCCCCUCCUCCUAUUGAUGAAACUCCUGUUCCUCGAAACAGAGGGAGAUUCUGCUGCAGUAUUUGUGGUUCAAGUUUCAAACAUUUCCCGAACUUAACUAUUCACAAAUAUGUACACUUGGUAGGGUGGCCUUCACUAUGCAUCUCUUGCGGGCACAGCUACAGAGGAGUAUGUGGAGUCCUUCAGCACCGUCGUCAUUGUCGUCAUGCCCGGAGAUGUCUAGUCACCUGUGAAUUUUGUGGUAGACGUUUCCAAGAUGGUACUCAUUUUCAUCGUCACCAACUCUGUCACAGACAGGAUCGACGUUACCAUUGUCGUUUAUGUCGGAAAAGUUUUAAUCGCUCCUGGCUGCUUCGCCAGCACAGAGUUUAUCACACUGGGCAGAGGUCGUAUAGAUGUGGCCUUUGCCUCAAGAGGUUUGCUCAGUCUUCAGGCUUGGCUGAUCACGGUCUUCUUCAUGUUCCUUCACGGUAUUUCCCCUGCCGGACCUGUGGGGCAACAUUCAACCAGCGAUCAGGUCUUUUAGAGCAUCAGCGUUCCCACACAGGCGAGAAGUUCUAUAGAUGUGAUAUUUGCAAUAAAAGUUUCCGUUAUCUUUCCACUGUCUUGUUUCAUCUGCGGAUGCAUGGCUCUCAAGAGAAACUGCGCUGUACAGCCUGCCGGAAAAUCUUCAAAGGGCCAUCUUCUUUUCGAAGGCAUUUGAAAGUGCAUAAAGGAGACAAGCCCUUUAAGUGCCGCAUCUGCAGCAGGGCUUUUCGCAGAUCAUGCCGUCUGAAGAAGCAUAUCCGCUUUCAUAGGUCUGACAGAGAAAGGCCUGUUUAGAGCGCAGAAGUGGAAAUAGGACUUUGAUUUUGGGCACUGGGAUCAGCCCUGUCAGAAAGACAGGCUUAAAGAAGGGGAAUGCAAAUGCCAGUCUGUCUUUAUUGUGACCAUCUUUGAUGGCAUGUCCACUUCUCAGGCACAACUUCAUGUUUUUCACGCAUAUUCAUACUGAAAUUUAAGUAACUGAGCUGUUGGUCUGUUAUUGUUUUCUUUGCUCCCUCCUCACUAAAUCUACACUCUCCUGCAUGUAUUAAAGCAGAGUCUGAGAAGUGGUGCAGCAGCAAAUUUGCAAGGGUGCCCCACGUGCUUCUGCUGUCCCUUGCCCCACCCUACCUUCAUUGUGCCUGACUAGAAUACAGCAGUCCUAUUGGGCUUAUAUUCCCUACCAUUUACCCAUAGCACCCUUCUGCAUUUCUCCUGCAUCAAGUGGCUGUAGGCUGGUGUCUGUAGGUCUAAAACACUCUGUUGCACUGAUGAUCAGCUGCCAUAUUCUAUCCCUUUUCAUGACCGGUCUGCUUCCCUGUCUCAGUACUAGGGUGCAUAGAAUCCCAUCCAUGGCAACCAGACUUCCUCAGUCUCGAGAUUCCUUUAGAGGACUUGAACAGUGGGAUGAUGUAAGGCUACAGCUGCCCAAGCCCACACUGCCAUGAAGACUGAGCAUUGAGAGGGACCUGUUGAGUGGUCUGUAGUCCCAUUUAAGGGGUUACACUUUGAGGAACUUUAAGUCAGGAGAAUGUUUUUUAGUGGUUUGUACUAGAAUUCUACAUGCCUGAGCUUUCCACUUUUGGUCUUGAGACUCCCUUAGUACCAGUAGUCACAUUAUUGGUUAGAAGGGCUAGAAAUGGUAGUUUGCAAUGCUUGUGUCAGUGGUACUUCACUGUCAUCCCCCUAAACUCUGUGCACAUUGCCUCUGGCUGGUAUCUCAGCAGAAAGCAGUUGUUUGUGGUUGUUGCAGUAAAGGUAUUGCCCUGUCUUGUUUUCAUGUAGAAAAAAUGUGACCAUGUUUGGAAAAUUAAAUAUUUUUGCUUUCCUUUGGAGCAAGGAAAAAUAUGUGAUUGCAGCAGUUGUUCUGGGUAGGUAUACAAGAAGGAAAAACAUGUUUUAAUUAGGAAACUGCUUAAGUGCUUUGAAUCUCUUAAGGCUUGUUUUGUAGUUUUGCAAGCAGAUUUUUAGAAGCUUGGUUCUUAAGUGCAGCAAGCAUGCUGUUGGCAACAUUUCGUGUUUUUAAACUUCUCCUGUCAUGCUAAUGAAUCUUGGGAUUGUUAAACAACAUCUUUUGUACAGAACAGGAGAGGACGUCAUGCCAGCAUAGCCACUUCUUUGUUGUAUUGCUGAAAAAGAAUGCUGCAUCUUCAUACUGGUAUGUUUUGCGUAGCCAUGUUUGCGUGGUCUUGGAAUUGAAUAGAACCUGUGUUGUUGCAUUUCUGUUAACUGCUGGUUCUUCUUGGUCUUGAACUAAAGAUGGCAAGCAGGGAUAUUUUACACGUAACAGAACCACAGCUAUAAAUCAAUAAAAUACUGUUGUCCUCA